CACAGGUCUGUGCUCCCGGCUCCUAGCCACAGACCAGGAAGAUGAGGCUUGCUGUCCCCACCCUGCUGGCCUGCGCGGUCCUGGGGCUGUGUCUGGCUGUCUCCCCUGAGAGAACUGUGAGAUGGUGCACGGUCUCAAAUCAUGAGGCCAGUAAGUGUUCCAGUUUCAUGGAAAAUAUGAAAACUGUCCUUGAAAAUGGUCCUUUUGUCAGCUGUGUGAAGAAAACCUCCUACCUUGAGUGCAUCAAGGCCAUUUGGGCAAAUGAAGCAGAUGCUGUGACACUGGAUGCAGGCUUGGUGUUUGAGGCGGGCCUGAAUCCCUACAACCUAAAGCCUGUAGUGGCAGAGUUCUAUGAGUCAGAAGGGGAUCAAAAAACCCAGUAUUAUGCUGUGGCUUUGGUGAAGAAGAGCAGUAACUUCAACCUGAAUGAGCUCGAAGGCAAGAAGUCCUGCCAUACAGGCCUUGGCAGGUCUGCUGGAUGGAACAUCCCUAUGGGCUUACUUUAUUGGAAGCUGCCUGAGCCACGUGACUCUCUUCAGAAGGAUCGGACAGCCUUUCCCAAACUAUGUCAACUGUGUGCAGGGAAAGGGACAGACAAGUGUGCCUGCUCUAACCAUGAACCAUACUUCGGAUACUCAGGUGCCUUCAAGUGUCUGAUGGAUGACGCUGGGGAUGUGGCCUUUGUCAAGCAUUCAACAGUGUUCGAAAACCUGCCAAAUGAAGCUGAUCGGGAUGAGUAUAGGCUGCUCUGCCCAGACACCUUGCAGAGGAUGACAGUAGAUAAAUAUAAGGACUGCCACCUGGCCCGUGUCCCUUCCCAUGCUGUUGUGGCCCGAAGUGUGGGGGGCAAGGAAGACUUGAUCUGGGAGCUUCUCAACCAGGCCCAGGAAUAUUAUGGCAAAGACAAAUCUAAAGCCUUCCAGCUCUUCGGCUCACCUUUGGGGAAGGACCUGCUGUUUAAGGAUUCUGCCCAAGGGCUUUUCAGGAUUCCCUCUAAGAUGGACACCUGGCUGUACCUGGGUUAUGACUAUGUCACUGCUCUUCGGAAUCUAAGGGAAGAUGUGCGCCCGGAUACCCCAAGGGAUGAAUGCAAGAAGGUGAAAUGGUGUGCCAUAGGUCACCAUGAGAGGGUCAAGUGUGAUGAGUGGAGCGUAAACAGUGAAGGGAAAAUAGAGUGUGAAACAGCAGAGUCCACUGAAGACUGUAUUGCCAAGAUCGCGAAAGGAGAGGCUGAUGCCAUGAGCUUGGAUGGAGGCUUCAUCUACAUAGCGGGCCAGUGCGGUCUGGUGCCUGUCCUGGCAGAAAACUACAAGGUUACAAGUUGUCAGGGGCCCAGGGGUGUUAAUACUUUCUUUUUUGGUGUCUUUCUUGUAGGGUAUAAGGCUGUGGCUGUAGUUAAGGCAUCAGCAGAUGCGAGCCUCACCUGGAACAAUCUGCAAGGCAAGAAGUCCUGCCAUACCGCAGUAGAAAGAACCGCAGGCUGGAACAUCCCCAUGGGCCUGCUCUACAGCAGGAUCAACCACUGUGAAUUUGAUAAAUUUUUCCAGGAAGGCUGUGCCCCUGGAUCUAUGCGAAAUUCCAGUCUUUGUGCUCUGUGCAUUGGCUCGGCAAGUGGUCCAGGAAAGGAGUGUCUUCCCAAUAACCAUGAGAGAUACUAUGGCUACACAGGGGCUUUCAGGUGUCUGGUGGAGAAGGGAGAUGUGGCCUUUGUGAAAGACCAGACGGUCAUGCAGAACACUGAAGGAAGGAACACUGAAGAUUGGGCUAAGAAUCUGAAGGAAAAAGACUUCCAGCUGCUGUGCCCUGAUGGCAGUAGGAAGUCUGUGAGCAACGCUGACAACUGCUUCCUAGCCAAGGCCCCAAAUCAUGCUGUGGUCUCACGGAAAGAUAAGGCAUCUUGUGUUAGCAAAACAUUACUUGACCAGCAGGUUAUGUUUGGAGGAAAUGGAAAUGACUGCUCGGGAAAGUUUUGUUUGUUCCACUCGAAAACCAAGGACCUUCUGUUCAGGGAUGACACAAAAUGUUUGGCCAAACUUCCAGAAAGCACAACAUAUGAAAGUUACUUAGGAGCAGCAUAUGUCACAGCUGUUGCUAACCUGAGACAGUGCUCCACCUCAAAGGAAAUAUAAAUUGAGGACUACCACUCCCGUGAUGCUCCGCUUCGGACGCCUGCGCAGAGUCUAGGGCCACGUGGCUUUCGCGGCGCUGGACCACGAACCUCAGCCAUGGCUUCCGCGGACACCCGGCGGGUGGCGAAUGGCGGCAGUGUCGGGGGAGCCUUCCAGCCCCACCUAGACUACUUGCGGCAGGAGCUGCAGCAGAGGGACCCGACACUGCUGUCAGCCGUGGUGGCGCUUCUCGCGGUGCUGCUGACGCUGGUGUUCUGGAAGUUCAUCCGGAGCAGAAGGAGCAGUCAAAGAGCUGUUCUUCUUGUUGGCCUGUGUGACUCUGGGAAAACAUUGCUUUUUGUCAGAUUGUUAACUGGCCUUUACAGAGACACUCAGACAUCUAUCACUGACAGCUCUGCUGUGUAUAGAGUCAACAAUACCAGGGCCACUAGCCUGACCUUGAUUGAUCUCCCAGGCCAUGAGAGCUUGAGACUUCAGUUCUUAGAGCGUUUUAAGGCUUCAGCCAGGGCUGUUGUGUUUGUUGUGGACAGUGCAGCCUUCCAGCGAGAGGUGAAAGAUGUGGCAGAGUUUCUGUAUCAAGUCCUCAUCGACAGUAUGAGUCUGAAGAACACACCAUCAUUCUUAAUUGCCUGCAAUAAGCAAGACAUUACAAUGGCAAAAUCCGCAAAGUUAAUUCAGCAGCAGCUUGAGAAAGAACUCAACACUUUACGAGUCACCCGUUCUGCUGCCCCCAGCACACUGGACAGUUCCAGCACUGCCCCCGCUCAGCUGGGAAAGAAAGGCAAAGAAUUUGAGUUCUCGCAGUUGUCCCUCAAAGUGGAGUUCCUAGAGUGCAGUGCCAAGGGUGGAAGAGGGGACAUGGGCUCCGCAGACAUCCAGGACCUGGAGAAAUGGCUGGCGAAAAUCGCCUGAGGGGCAGGGCCAGAGCUCAGGACAUGAAUGUGAAUGUGUGUGGCCCACAGUUUUGGAAAAGGGUUUGGUAGCCUGGAGAUGAUAAAGAAGUUGAUAAAGAAUGGGUACGAAAUGUAAUUAGAAACAUUUUCUUGUUCUGGAAACAAAUUAUUGUUGAAAGUAA